AAGAAGAAGAAGCACGCCCAACCGGAAGAGGGCAGCAGUAGUGUUCGCUGUGCCAGAUUCAAUCCCGGCGAAGAAGAAGGGCAUGGAGCACUUUCCAAUCGUGGAAAUGGCGCUUUGAGUGGAAACCAGAAGUCAGAGGGAGCAUCUCGUGCUUGGCAGUCUAUUGAAAGCCCCAAAGGGCUGUACGUAUGUGUUGUAGUUUGGAAAAAGGAGCGGAGUAUGAUACGGGAGAAAGGGAAUCAGGAGAUUCUUCAAGGAAAUCUGAACAUCCGUGGCAGACAGUGAACCAUGCAUGACCUGAAGGCCCAAGUCACCAGCAGCCUGCUGCCGUUUCCUGGAGUGACUAUAGAUGCUCUGGGAGAGGAUGAGAUCACCCUAGACUCUGUGUUACAUGGGAAGUUCACUGUUGGCCGGAGCGGGCUUGCCUGGCUGGCCUGCGGCCCCCACCUGGAGGUGGUCCAUUCAGUGACAGGAGAGCGACUGUCUGCGUACUGCUUCAGUGGUGGAGGAGAGCACCCCCCCACUGUCUUCGCUGCCAGGGACUUUAGCUGGCUAAAAAGGUCUGGAUUACUUGUCGGCUUGGAGGAAGCAGAGGGAAGUGUGCUGUGUCUUUAUGAUUUGGGACUAUCAAGGGUGGUCAAAGCUGUUGUUAUACCAGGCAGGAUUACAGCUAUUGAGCCGUUAGUGAGUUAUGGUGGAGCAAGUGCUUCGACCCAGCAUCUUCACCAAAGUCUGCGCUGGUUCUUUGGCAUUGCCGCCGUAGUAACAGAUCUCGGCCAUGUUCUGCUGGUCGACCUCUGCCUGGACGACCUGUCCUGCAGCCAAAGUGAACUGGAGGCUUCAGACCUGCAGGUAGUGACCAAAUCUCCAGCCGAGAUCCCCCGGCUGAGAGAAGUCGGCACCAGUCAGGGCAGACAUCUUUGUCUCCAGCUGAAUGGGCCCAGCGGUGUUGGAGUGACAGCUCUGCAGUACAUCUCCAGGACCAACCAGCUGGCGGUGGGAUUUUCAGAUGGAAACUUGCAGCUGUGGAACAUGAAGACUCUAAAGAAGGAAUACCACUCCCAGUUAGAAGGUGGCAGGGUGCCUGUGCAUGCCUUCACCUUCCAGGAGCCAGAAAAUGAUCCCAGGAACUGUUGUUACCUCUGGGCUGUCCAGUCUUCUCAGGACCUCGAGGGAGAUAUGGUCAGCCUCCGCCUACUUCAGCUGGCUUUCAGUGAAAGGAAGUGUCUAUCAUCUGGGAAGAUCCUCUAUGAGGGUCUGGAGUACUGUGAGGAACGUUACAGUCAGGAGUUAAAUGGACCAGCUUUCCCUCUCAGGGCCCAGGCCACCAACACCCGCCUGCUGAGCUGCCAGACCAUCGAGAAGUUCCGACACCAUCCUGACAGAGACGACAGCAUGAACGAAGUUGCAUCUCCAGACACCAGUGUUUCCAUCUUCUGCUGGCAAGUCAAAGCCUACGGUCAGGGAACCCCAUCCACCUACAUCGGGGUUUUUGACAUCAACCGUUGGUACCACGCACAGAUGCCAGACUCUUUGAGAACGGGUCAGUCUCUGCAAAAUUGUCCCUACCUGGCAGUUUGGUCUCUGGACCCCGUGGUGCAGAUGGUGUCUAAACAUGUUCUCCUGGAUGUGCUGGUGCACGAGCGCAGCCUGAGCAGGGGCCUUCCCUUCACCUGCCCCCCACCAGAACAGUACUUCAACCCCACCACAUAUAACUUUGAUGUUACCUGUUUGAUCACCUCUGGAAUUGUGCACUCGACCUGCUCUGGGUAUCAGAAAGAGACCCUGAGCUUUUUGAAGAAAGCAGCUCCUUGUUCCAGUGAAGUCAUCUCCAACAGCUACUCUCGCUGCCUCAUGUCCGGCCUCCUCUCCUCUCGCCUGGCUGACACCCAGCCCUCCAGCCUCUCUCAGGAGGAGCAGCUGGAUGCCAUACUGUCCACAGCGGUGGAGACCAGCUCCUUGGGAAUGAUCACUGGCUGUAUCAAGCAGUGGACUGCAGAAGAACGACCAGGCUCUGCACUGAACCUGCGCUACAUCCUGGAUUGGGCCUGGAACAAAGUGGUCCAGACCAAGAAGGACCUGGAUGGCAUCUGUGCACCGCUGUUUGACAGCUCCUCCAACUUCACAGACCCUCAGACCAUGCAGCUGCUGCAGCACAGCCAGAGACUGCUCAGUAACCUCAGCACCAUCUUCCACUGUCUGCUCAGUGAAGCUCAGGAACUCACACAAAAAGGCCUGGUGGGUCUGAUAAACAAGAACUUGGUGUCCAAUCUGAUUUCAAAGUACGCUCAGGUGGUGCUCUGGUUCUGUCGCACCGGUCUGCUGCCAGAGGGAUCAGAAGAUGACGCUCUCCAGAUCUCCAGGCCUUUCUACACUCACUCUGUCAUCAGCAACUAUUAUACUAUACGCAGAGAGGAGCUCACCAGGCUGUCUAAGGGCAAGUGGUGUGCCGACUGCCUGAUGAUUGACGGUUUGGUCGGCCAGUGUGGUGAGCGCUUGAUCAACCUGUGGAAGAGGGAUGAGAAUGGCACUGGGCAAUACCCACCACCUACAUUGCAUGCGUUGUUGGACAUCUAUCUCCUAGACAACAUCGAUGAAGCUACCAAACAUGCAAUUGUGAUUUACCUGCUGCUGGAUGUUCUGUACUCCUUCCCCAAUAAGGAGGGAGCUUCAGUGGAGUCUUUCCCCCCAGCCUUUGCCAUCCCUAUCGGACUGGUGAAACUAGUUCAAGGCCUCUGGCUGCUGGACCAUCACGACCACCAGAGUUCCUUCGAGUUGCUCCUGCAUCCAGCGGCCUCUCAGUGUCAGUUUGAGUGGCAGCACGAGCGUGUCCUGCAUGCUCUGAUGUGCCAGAGCCAACACGCAGUGGCACUCCGAUACUUCCACGUUACGAAGCCCCCAGUUUCCUCCACCUCCCAGGCCAAACUCUACCUGUCUGUACUUAUACACAACAAGUGUCUCAUAGAGGCGUGGUCCUUACUUCGGCAGCACUCUAAUCGCCUCAACAUGGAAGAGCUGCUGGCCUUUCUGUAUGAGAGCUGCCAGGAGCUGGGCCUCAUCCCCGAGCUGUUCAAACUUCCUCUGAGCGUCACUGAGCAGGAAGGUUUGGAGAAGUUCCUCCAGGGGACAGGGGGUCUCCAGAACAGAGAACUGCUGAUGGUUCAUUACCUCCAGCAGGCCAACUACAUUCCUGCGCUGCAGCUCAACCAGAGGCUCAAAGUGAACUUCGCGAAUGAGCGAGACCCAAAGCUUAAAGAACGGUCCAUCACCAGGAACUCGAUAUUGGAGCAGUACGGCAAAGUUUUGCCCAGAGUCCAGAGGAAAAUGGCAAUGGAGAAAGGGAAGCCGUACCAGCAUCCCAACGCCAUCCACCGAGAAAUUUCUCGGCCACAGCCACUGUCAACCAUCACCAGACGCUCCGUCAGUGAGAAGGUGAUGUCGAGGGCCGGCUUCAUCAACAAUGUUCUGUCCAAGAUUGAGGAGGUGUGGUUGGGCAAAGGAGCUUCACCACAGUCCUCCCCAGGCAGGAGUCCAAGGGCAGCUGAUGCUCACAGCCCCAAGCCCUCCUCCUCCUACAUGGCCCUUUCUGAGCCAUUCCUGGGGACUCCCAUCACCAUGACCUCCAGACGAAAGUCAAGGUUGAAGGACUUGGUGGUUCACCCCUCCUGUACGACCCCCCGCCCUCUGCUCAGUCCUCCCGGACCUCUCAGCUCUUGGGUUUCUCCGAAGAGCAUCUGCAAGGCCCCUGAACUCAGUCUGCUGCAAACACCACAGGUUGUCAAGCGAGCGCGGGCUUUGGCUGCUUCUGGCCCUGUGUUCUCUGCCUUCACUCCCCAGUCCAUUCUGCGCAGCAGCCUGAGGCCCACACCCGUCGCCACCCCGUCUGCUUCUCCAGGACGCUCCAUCACCCCCCCUCUCCGCAACAAAGAGAGCCGGAUCACCUUCAUUGAUGAGGAAGAAACUCCUGUAUCGGUGAAGGGCAUCCGAUGGACCAAUGGGGUGGCAGCAGACAGUGAGAUUAGCUUGUUGACCAGAGACCCCAUUCUAUCCAAGGCAACACGUAAGACCUGGCCUGCACAGCCUGCGGAGGAGGACGAGGAUGAUGAAGAGGAGGAAAGGGAAGAACCUCAUGUGAAGUUCCUGCCUCCAGAAGGUGGUCUUCCCUCCCCAGAGCUGAGAUGCUUUGAUAGCGAGUCAAUCUCCAUCCAUGAGAGUGCUGCAGAAACCAGACCAUCAGAUGCAACACACACAAAACUCAACCUGAGCUUUGACACCAGCCAGAAGUCCGACACCACUCUGGAGUUUUAUGAUGCACAGGACCAAGAAAGAGAGGAGGGGCAAACAGCGGAAGAAGACGAGGUAGUGACAGUGAACAUCAAAAACCCAACUGAAAAUGAAGAAGCAGAGGAACAGCUCUCACAAACCAUUGAGCAAACCCCUGUCCUGACAUCAGAGGACACAGCGAGGGAGGAGGAGAAUGAGGAUGAAACAUUUGAGGACGUGAUGGAAAUUGGUCUUGAAGAGGAGGCUAAACAUGUGGAAGAAGUUCAGUCUAAAGAGGAGGAUGAACAGGAAGUUCAGACCAUUAGCAAACAUGAAGAUGCUGCAACUCCUCCCCAAGAAGAGACAUCCAUUCAAGUUUGUCACCAGGUUACUGAGGGCACAGACUCUGGUGCUGAAGUCGAAUCCCCGGAUCUUCCAGUGGAGCAGGACGUCCAGACUGAGGCCUCUGAAUCCACAGAGUUCACCGAGGCUCUGAAACCAUCUGCAGCCCCUGAACCCACAAUCACACCAGAAGAGGAACUGGAGUCAUCAGAUCUGACAGCGUUUGUGCAGAGACAUCUGUUUGGCGGCGAUCCGUCUCCUCCGCUCUCCCGCUCAGGAAUCCACGACGCAUCCCAGAUGCAGGCCUCCUUCAACAGUGAGUCAGCGGGUGAUGCUGAUGAGGAGGUGCAGGAUGCUGCUGAAGCUCCUCCAGUGUUCACCAGCCAAAAAUCUUCUGCUUCUGUGACGUCGACGGAGCCAACCGGCACAGACUCCCAAUCUGUUGUGAGUUUGAAUGAUAGUGAUGAGCUUUCUAGCGCCUUGUCAGAGGAAGAAGAGGAAGAAGAGGAGGAGGAGGAGUCUGAUCAGGAGGAGGAGGAAGACCAGGAAGAGGAAGAGGACUCUGGUAGUGAGGUGGAGAUCAUUGAGGAGGUCCAGGGUAAUGGGAGGCUGCCACCGCUCCAACCCACUUCAGUCUUUGUACAACAAGAACACACGCACUUCCUGCCAAGUCUGUCGGAACAGGAGGCUGCGCAGUUCUCUCUGAUCGAGCCUGGUGCAGAGAUAAAGAUGUUAGAGGAGGACAUGGAGGGUGAGGUGGUGAUGGUGAGACUCGGUGCAGAUGAAGAAUUAGAUGCUGUUGAGGACGAAGAGCAAGGAACAUCAUACAUGGAGCUCAAACCCUCGACCACUCUCCUCGUACCACUGGAGCUUGUGGAGGGGCAAGGCCUGGUCGAUGGCUCUCAGCUGUGUCUUCCUGGGCUUCAGCAGACCCUUGUGCCAGAUGAGCAGAGGACCGAAGCUAACAGCAGCUUCUCUCUGAUGCUGGAUAUGGACGAUGAUGCAGACACGCUGCCAAUGGAGAAUGAUCUGCAGUGCUCUGACCCUCCCUCCCUGUCUCCAGCAAUAGAGGCUCUUGACAAACCCGAGGUCAUUAUUUUGGACACAGAUGAUCAGGAUCCUCCUGGGUCUGGAGAAAUCUCUGAAAAGGACCAGGGCAAAGAGAUGGAUACUUUAGAUGGAAUUGAGCUAGAUGGGACGACAGAGUCAGAACUUGCUGGCCUACAAACUGAAAACAGUGCGGAAAACCUUGAGACAGAAGAUGCUAAAGUACAGAGCGAUGAAGAGGUAGUAAUGUUGGUUGAAGAUCAUGAAACUGCAGGCCUUUCAAUGUCAGAACCAGAUCCAGUGGAAGAAUCUUCAGCAGAAAUGCUCGUUGAAGAUCAGGAACAGGAAGGACGCUCAGUCUCUGGGCCAAGUCCAGUGGGAGAACUUCCAGCACAAAUGCUGGCUGAAGAUAAUGAACCUGAAAGUCUUUCCGACUCUGGACCAAUUCCAGUGGAAGAGCCUACAGCCGGAAUACUGGCUGCUGAAGAUCAAGAACCUGAAGUUAUUUCGUUGUCUGAACCAAGUCCAGUGGAAGAGCCCACAGCAGAAAUACUGUCUGCUGAAGAUCAAGAACCUGAAGUCAUUUCAUUGUCUGAACCAAGUCCAGUGGAAGAACCCACAGCAGAAAUACUGGCUGCUGAAGAUCAAGAACCUGAAGUCAUUUCAUUGUCUGAACCAAGUCCAGUGGAAGAACCCACAGCAGACAUGCCUGCUGAAGAAGAUCAAGAACCUGAAGUGCUUUCAUUGUCUGAACCAAGUCCAGUGGAAGAACCCACAGCAGACAUGCCUGCUGAAGAAGAUCAAGAACCUGAAGUGCUUUCAUUGUCUGAACCAAGUCCAGUGGAAGAGCCCACAGCAGAAAUACUGGCUGCUGAAGAUCAAGAACCUGAAGUCAUUUUGUUGUCUGAACCAAGUCCAGUGGAGGAGCCUUUAGCAGAAAUGCCUGCUAAAGAAGAUCAAGAACCUGAAAGUAUUUCCGACUCUGAACCGAAUGCACUGGAAGUCAUCCCACCAGUUGUGGAUGACAAAGACUCAAUGGCAGAGCAAGAUGCUAAUCAGGAGAUGGGAGAGGAGAAGGAAGAACCAGCACCUGCAGGAGUUGUGAUCUCAAAUAGCCAGCCAGAGGAACAGCCGGUGCUCGAGGCCCCAUCUUCCCAGAGGAAAAAGAAGGCUCCUUCCACGCCAACACGGAGUACAACAAGAGGGAGGACGAUUGCCUUUACCGUUCCCCUCCAAGAGGAAGCAGAGGAGAAACUAACCAGCACUCUGUUUCCUGCGUCUCCUAGUCGUAAAAGUAACCAGAGCAAAGUCCAAUUUACCACACCUCGAAGAAGUUCUCGUAACGCUAAGCCAGAGCCUCCAAAAGAAGAUGUUAAAGAGGAGAUCGCCAUGGAUACUGAAAACACAACGACUUCACCAGCCAGACGUCGGGUUUCCCAGAAGGCCACCUCAAUAAGGAACAGCAAAAAGACCGAAAGUGGUGAUGAUGAUGAUGAGGAGGAGGAGGAAAUAGAAGGCGUCACAGAUACUAAAGUUUAUCGGCGAACAAGCUCCAAGACUCAGACACCGGCCAAACGCAGGACCACUCGGGUAAACACUCCGACGAGGUCCAGCAGAAGGAUAUUGAGUAGCAGUGAGGUGGAGUCGGCAACAUUGGAGAUCUUGGAAGAACAGAAGGAACCGGUGGAGGUCUUUGCAACUCCGGCCAAACGCAACUCCAGGAAAAGCAAGACGACAUCAUCAGAAACGCAGACAGCACUGCUGGAGGAGGAGGAAGAUGUAAAAAGAUCUUCCAGUCUUGGCAGGGCGACCCGACUGUCCAACCGCAUUACCCUGAGCGUUUAUCCACAAAGUUUAAGGAAGACGAUAAGAGAGACGAUUACUGAUAAUAUCAAAGAAAGUGGAGAUCUACUGGAGCCUGAAGUAAACAGCAAAACUAGUCGCUCCAACGCUCGUCGAUCUACAAGAACCAAGCUCUGGGAUUACCCCGAGGAAGACCAUCCCUUACUGGACUCCCCUCUGGAGGUGCAUUCAGAGAUGCCUGUGGCAGACGCCCUCAUCAAGAGACUGCAGGAUGAGAAGGAGAAGCAGGAAGUCGUCACAAAGAUGGUAAGAACUAGCAAGAGGAGUACCAAGUCUUCAGUGGAGGAGGUUCACUUCAUACUUCCUGUAAACCCAAGCCUCAUCCCUGAACCCGAAGAGGAAGAGUCUAAUCCAGGCGAGAAUUCCUACAUCUACUCCCCCUCACGGAGAAGAACAAGAGCUAAGAGAGGACAGUCUCCCAGCCCCAGUGAAGAGUCUGCGGCCCGUGUCACUCGCAGCAGGAGGAAGGUUGUCAAAGAAGCUCCUCAGGAUGAAAUUGCUUCAGAAGAAGACCUUGGCGAGAUGGAAAAAGCAGCAAGUGUUUCUAAAACCAGAAAAUCAGGCAAAAGAACAGCCAAAUCCAAAGCCGUGUUGGAGCGUCCUCCCAUAGCAGAGGUGGAACUGCUCUCUCCUCUGCCCAGCCCCGCUGAUCCCCUCCCCCGAGCACAGAAGAGGACGAAGGAGGGAGAGCCCCCAGCCCCCGGCAGGAACCUUCGACGCAAACGAAUAAUGGAAACCGUUUUCUCAAAACCUGUAACACGGAGGAAGAAACUUUAAGGAGGUCGGUGGUGGUUUUAACCGGGGAACCUCAGACAGCCGCGAGAAGAUCUGAACCAACUCGGUCAAGAGCUGUCAAAUACAAGUGUAUGCCUAAACUCAUUAUGGUUCUAUUUCCUCAAAUGCCUCCGAGUGCUGUGGUUGUCUUCGUAUAUUUACUUCAAUGUAGGACAAGUGAAUGAAAAAAAAGGCAAUUUAGGCAUGAAAAUAUAUUUUUGGGAGAAAACACACUGGACAGCAGUGAGAGAGAGGCAUAUAUUUUUGGAGUUUAAAUAUCCCGUUCAUGUGGACUGGAUUUCACUUGAUAUUGCAUCCGUGGGACAUUUUAAGACGCUCCUCGUAAUCCGCCUAAAUCUCUGGACACAGAACGACACAAGGGAAUUAAAUCAAGGUGGGCUUUUAGAAGCGCCCAGUAAUAAAACCAGAGGGACUGAAGUGAGCCUUGCUCUAAGAAAUUGGUUUUAUUCACACUCUUUUAACUUUUUUUUUCUUUUUUUUUUUUGUUCUCCUCGUUUACUUUUUAAAUCUUGAGGCCUGCUACCUUUUUCUAUUUAAGAAGAAAAGCAACCAACCCAGUGGAGUCAAACGAUUUCUACUGAUAAAUGUGUAUAUAGUCUUUUGCUAUGUUCCAAAUAAAGUACAUAAAUACAUCGUAAAAAAUGUCUUUCAUUUUGAGGUUUUAAGUGUCAUGAAUGCGUUUGAUCAUCUAAUCAGCCUGCCUAUGCCAUAGUCUUAAAAUGUGUCAAUUUGAGGGAUUACCUGUGAAAGACUUGUAAACUAAUGCCAUCAGAUUUGAGUGUUUGUGUAAUAGGGAUGAUGUAAAGUGUGAAAUCAACAAAAAGACUUACACAGCUGUUUAGGGUUUUAAAAAUGUAAAAUAGAUGUUUUGCGACAUGUUCAUAGACUUGUUAAACUAAAUUUAUGGCAACCAACAUGAGAAAUAGGCUAUUUUCUGAUGAAUGUGUGUAGAAUGUCUUAUUUUUGACGACUGCUCUUUGAUAAAUAUGGCUACGCUUGAAUACUUCAAA